AAUUAACCAGAAACUAGAAGAAGUAAACAUACUGUGCUGUGACGUCAAACUACCACAGAUAUUGUUGGUCUGGGAAUUGUGGCACAAAAUUGUGAGCCCCUUGACAUAGUUGGCAGUUGGACCAUUUUUCAUACUAGUUGUAGAGGAUCUACAUUUCAAGAUGGCAAACCAGAAUCUUGAGAAUCAGCCCCUUACUGAAGACAACGGGAACGAAGUUCCUCUCCCGACUCGCCGAGAACGUAUCCCUCUCCAGAGGCUUCACAUCGAACAGCGUCAGUCGGACAGUUCGUACGCCACGUCUGACCUGGGAAGACAGAGCAGCAUCAGUCCCACAAGCAGAAAUCUGGAGCUAUGUGUAUACUCUAUGGACAAGUGUGGCCUUCAGUUUUGCCUGGAUAAUGGCAAACACACCACAGCUGGGGAGCUGAGUAAGCUGGUUCAAGGCAACCUGGAUCUCCCCCAGCAGGCUUCGGAGGUCUUCUGUCUGUGGCUUACCUCACCACUGCUGCAGCUGCAGUUGAAGCCCCAUCACAAGCCGUACAAACUGUGCAAACAGUGGUAUCAGCUUCUCACCAAGUUCACAGGUGCUAAACAAGAGGACAUCGAGAAAGAGGAGCCAAUCCUGUGCUACCAGAGAAACUGCUUCCUGUCAGUGAAAGAGGAAAAGAGGAUAACAGAUACUGCCAUCCUCCAUCGCUUGUUUGAUGAGGCAAAGUACAACAUUCUGGAGGGACGCUACCCUGUACCAGAGAACGACGUCUACUAUUUUGGAGCUCUCCUGUCCUUUAUUGAACAUGGCAAGUUUGACCCAAACAUCCAUCAACCAGGUUUCUUCAAGGACAAGAUAUCAGACUUCCUUCCUGGCCACAUGUGUAAGAACCGCUGGUCCUUCCCUGGACGUUCCCCACGCGCCAUGAACGAGCAGAAGCUUCUGGAGAGGUAUCAGCAUGUGUCUGAGGCCACGCACAUCACCGACCACAAGGUGGAGUUCCUGAAGAAGUGCUGGGAGCUGCCCUACUAUGGCAGCGUGUUCUUUAAGGGACAGAUCGAGCGCCCCUGUAACAGCAUGAUCAUGAGGGAGAUGCCAGACAGACCCGUCCAUGUAGCUGUUAACAGGGAGAUGGUGCACAUUGUGGACUUGGAGAAGAAGGCCAUUCUGCUGGGCCUUGCGUACGAUGAGCUGUCGUGGGAGUACACAGAGCCAUCGGUGGACCGGCCUAAUGGCUUCCCCUGUCUGUGGCUGGAGUUUGAUGCUGAAGAAGACAGCAAGAAGGUCAACAAACUCCUGCAGAUCUUCUCCAAACAGGCUGUAAUGAUGGAUGCCAUGAUAGAUGUUUGUGUGGAGGAUCUCAACAGGCGAGACAUCAACACCUCAGGAGCUCUACCCUCCCAGUUGAUGAGCCGACAGGUCAGUGUGAAGCCAUCCCUGACCAACAGAUUUGACCGUCUCAGCCUCUCUACAUUCAAUGAUGAAGGGGAAAGGAUCUCCAGCUCAGCUGCUGUGAAGAGACAGUUCUCUCUCAGUAACCCCUUCAGACGACCGUCCAAGUACCACCACCCCAGCAGAGACAUGCCCCACAUUGUCCGUCACUAGAACGCCUCUCUACCGGCAUUGCGUCCCAGUAGUCACUGUUGUGUACUUUCAGUUGUUGAUGUUGCUUCAAGGCUGAGAGUCAAGUAAACAGCCACAGAGCUGCUGUCAGAAAGCCUGUUGAGGCAUGGCUGAUCUUGAAUCAGCUCUAGAGAAUGAGGAGAAAGUGUGGACAUCUCAUGAGAAUGUCCCACUAUCUAACGACAGAUAUAUGAGUUUCUUAGCCAAUGGUGGUGAAGUCUACUGAUUCACAGCACUAUCAGUGUAAGAACACCAGGCAAAUGGCUCAUGUUUCUUUUCUCUAUCUUCAUUUCAAUUCAUAGCACUGUGAAAUGAUGACUUAAGAAUAAGUGUAACAGUGAAAUAUUUGAUGUCAUACACAGAGAAUAGCAUGGAAAGUGCAGCUGAGACUACAGUCAUUUAUUUGGAAAGUAGUAAGUAGCUGAUAGUGAAGAGUUACCCUAAUGUUUAGUGUUACACAAAGUAGGUGAUCAAGAUAAAAUGCUUGAAUUAAAAGAAAAUUAGGACAACAAAAAUUUGAGGACUUAAUGAAAAUAAUAACCAGUAAUCAUUAAUCAAGAUCAUGAAAUUGUACAUAAAAUAUUAAAUUUGAUGUAAAUAUUGAAAGAGGGUUGGCAAACAGGAACUUGUACUUUUGGGUGUAAAAUGUACAGAAUGGACAAUAUAUGUCAUACAUGCUGAGGUGAGAUGUACAAAAUGAAUGUUUGUAGUAGUAAAGAUUGGGCUGAGCAGCCAGUGGAUAGUGCUGUUGGUUUUUGACUAAGAAAGGUAUAAGUACUUAAAGUGUGGUUGUUAUUGAGGUCUGACUUUAAUCAGAAAGGCUGGUCAAUAUAGAUAUGAAGCCUCUACACAAAGCUUCUACAUAUACAUGUACAUUAAUCAACGAUUUAUUGGUGCCAUUAUUACCUUGCUAAUAUCAGAGUCUCAGAGAUUUAAGUCUGGUGCACUCGCUGUAAGGUAAAUCAAUGCCUGUGUGCUUUUCUUCAUAAAUUUUUGCUUUUAUUUCUUUUGAUAUAUGAUAUCCAUUUUAUGUGUACAAGAACAUUGUCUUCUUGGAAAGUAAGUAAGAAGGGCUUUCCAACUGUAUAGCUAAGUGUUGAUAAAUGCAGUGUAUAGAUAUUAUGUAUAGCUACGUGUAGUAAGCAUCUACGUGUGUGUGCGUAUCGAAUUAUCACUGCCAUUAUUUUCUUGUUGCAACAAAAAUUUUACAUCUUUACUUUGUAUUUUUUACAGUCAGCAAACUCCCCUAAAUACUUUUACUUUUUUGCCCUAUGAGCCUGUUUAUAAAUUAUUAAUGGGCUGUUUUGUGAUGGUUUUAAACACUGUCGGAAGUCUCGGUACACUGCCACUGUCCAGAAGCUACAAGUUGUUGUCCCCCAUUGCCUUGUUACUUGUAUACUUUACUUUAAAUUGGUUAUGAGUAGAGACAAUGGAUUGACUUAAAAAGUCUAGAUAGUAAGUAUGAUACUCUACAUGAACUAACAUCAUUCUGCCAACAGUAUCAUUGAUCAGAAUUGGUAUAUGUAACUGUAGUCUACAUGUAUCAAAGUUUUAUUUUUAUUGGUGGAAGGAGAGGACAUAAGAACUAAUAUGAAUGUUACAGGCAAUGUUAUGAAUAAGACAGAAACAGAAAGGCCAAAAUAUGGUAUCUCAAAGUUUGUAACAUUACAUUGUAAUGACCAUGCAUGAACGUGUCAUAAUGCUUUCACUUUCAGAGUGCAAAGGCAGAUGUUACAAAUUGAUUACUCUACAGUGCUAUAAGCAAUAACAGUUGUAUAUAGUAUCAGCCUGUACAAAAUGUAUCGUCGUUGACUUGUUAGCGAUUUGAAUACAUCAAUCCAUGCAUCUAUACAAAAUGUAUUGCAUAGUAAAUAAAAAUAUUCAGGCAUGA